AAACAUGGCUCCAAAGCCUGUGCCUACAAACUGUUGUGUUGAUGGAUCUCUUAUCGCAUUCCUACAGUUUGGUCUGGGGAGUUGAGUGUUGUCCACAACCCUGCAGUGGGAGCAGGAAGGGGUUUUCCCUGGAAGUGAUCUCAGGUGUCAUUUUGCCACACAUUUGCUUCACCUGGCCCUGGUACAUUUGCAACUUGUCUGCUAAGGAAGCAGGAAGUUCUUAAAGCUUUCUCCUCAUCUUUGAUUGCAAACGUGGAUUGAUCACAGGAAGACCCGAUAGAAGGAACAUGACAUCUAGAGGCAGCGAACUUGUUUCCGAUUCAUGCUUUAUCAUUUCUUAAUUUCGUAUGUUGGGAACAUCCCUGCAAGAUGUCAGCACCAAGGAUUUGGCUAGCGCAAGCUUUGCUUUUUUUCCUCACCACUGAAUCUAUAGGUCAACUUUUGGAACCGUGUGGUUACAUCUACCCUGAAUUUCCAGUUGUCCAGCGCGGCUCGAACUUCACUGCCAUUUGUGUGCUGAAGGAGGCGUGUCUGCAGCAUUACUACGUGAAUGCCAGCUACAUCGUGUGGAAGACCAACCAUGCUGCUGUUCCCAGGGAGCAGGUCACUGUCAUCAACAGAACCACGUCCAGUGUCACGUUCACAGACGUGGUCCUCCCGAGCGUGCAGCUCACCUGCAACAUCCUGUCCUUUGGGCAGAUCGAGCAGAAUGUGUAUGGAGUCACCAUGCUUUCAGGCUUUCCUCCAGAUAAACCUACAAAUUUGACUUGCAUUGUGAAUGAGGGGAAGAAUAUGCUGUGCCAGUGGGACCCCGGAAGGGAGACUUACCUUGAAACAAACUACACUUUGAAAUCAGAGUGGGCAACAGAGAAGUUUCCUGAUUGCCAGUCAAAGCAUGGCACUUCAUGUAUGGUCAGCUACAUGCCCACCUAUUAUGUCAACAUUGAAGUCUGGGUGGAAGCAGAGAAUGCCCUUGGGAAGGUCUCCUCAGAGUCUAUCAAUUUUGACCCCGUGGAUAAAGUGAAACCCACCCCACCAUAUAAUUUAUCAGUGACCAACUCAGAAGAAUUAUCCAGUAUAUUAAAGCUAUCAUGGGUCAGUUCAGGGCUGGGCGGUCUUUUAGAUCUAAAGUCUGACAUCCAAUAUAGGACCAAAGAUGCCUCAACUUGGAUCCAGGUCCCUCUUGAAGAUACAAUGUCUCCUCGAACUUCCUUCACUGUGCAGGACCUCAAGCCUUUUACAGAAUAUGUGUUUAGGAUCCGGUCCAUUAAGGACAGUGGGAAGGGCUACUGGAGUGACUGGAGUGAGGAGGCUAGUGGGACCACAUACGAAGACAGACCAUCCAGACCACCAAGUUUCUGGUAUAAGACAAAUCCAUCCCAUGGGCAGGAAUAUAGAUCUGUACGGCUCAUAUGGAAGGCACUGCCUCUUUCUGAAGCCAAUGGGAAAAUCUUGGAUUAUGAAGUGAUUCUUACGCAGUCAAAGUCCGUCUCACAAACGUACACAGUCACUGGCACAGAGCUGACCGUGAAUCUCACCAAUGACCGCUAUGUCGCGUCUCUAGCAGCAAGAAACAAGGUGGGCAAAUCAGCUGCAGCUGUCCUCACCAUCCCCAGCCCCCACGUCACAGCUGCUUAUUCUGUAGUGAAUCUUAAAGCAUUUCCAAAAGAUAACCUGCUCUGGGUGGAAUGGACACCUCCACCUAAACCCGUGAGCAAGUACAUCUUAGAGUGGUGUGUGUUGUCAGAGAACGCACCCUGUGUUGAAGACUGGCAGCAGGAAGACGCUACCGUGAAUCGGACCCACUUGAGAGGACGCCUCCUGGAGAGCAAGUGCUAUCAAAUCACAGUAACUCCCGUAUUCGCCACGGGGCCCGGAGGCUCUGAGUCCUUGAAGGCGUACCUCAAACAAGCCGCUCCUGCCAGAGGACCGACUGUUCGGACAAAGAAAGUGGGGAAAAAUGAAGCUGUCUUAGCGUGGGACCAGAUUCCUGUGGACGACCAGAAUGGCUUCAUUAGAAACUACUCCAUAUCUUACAGAACCAGCGUGGGAAAGGAGAUGGUUGUGCAUGUGGAUUCUUCUCACACGGAGUACACGCUGUCCUCUCUGAGUAGUGAUACGUUGUACAUGGUCCGAAUGGCCGCGUACACAGAUGAAGGUGGGAAAGAUGGGCCGGAAUUCACUUUUACAACACCAAAGUUCGCUCAAGGAGAAAUAGAAGCCAUAGUCGUGCCUGUGUGCUUAGCCUUCCUCCUGACAACCCUGCUGGGCGUCUUGUUCUGCUUUAACAAACGAGACCUAAUUAAAAAACACAUCUGGCCUAAUGUUCCUGAUCCUUCCAAGAGUCAUAUUGCCCAGUGGUCACCUCACACCCCCCCAAGGCACAAUUUUAACUCCAAAGAUCAAAUGUACUCGGACGGCAAUUUCACUGAUGUAAGCGUUGUGGAAAUAGAAGCAAACAACAAGAAGCCUUGUCCAGAUGACCUGAAGUCCGUGGACCUGUUCAAGAAGGAGAAAGUGAGUACAGAAGGGCACAGCAGUGGCAUCGGGGGCUCUUCAUGCAUGUCCUCCUCCAGGCCCAGCAUCUCCAGCAACGAGGAGAAUGAGUCUGCUCAGAGCACCGCCAGCACGGUGCAGUACUCCACUGUGGUGCACAGCGGCUACAGGCACCAGGUCCCGUCCGUGCAAGUGUUCUCAAGGUCCGAGUCCACCCAGCCCCUGCUAGACUCGGAGGAGCGGCCAGAAGACCUGCAGCUGGUGGAUAGUGUAGACGGUGGGGAUGAGAUCUUGCCCAGGCAACCGUAUUUCAAGCAGAACUGCAGUCAGCCUGAAGCCUGUCCAGAGAUUUCACAUUUUGAAAGGUCAAACCAGGUUUUGUCCGGCAAUGAGGAGGAUUUUGUCAGACUGAAGCAGCAGCAGGUUUCAGAUCACAUUUCUCAGCCCUAUGGAUCCGAGCAACGGAGGCUGUUUCAGGAAGGCUCUACAGCGGAUGCUCUUGGCACGGGGGCUGAUGGACAGAUGGAGAGAUUUGAAUCUGUUGGAAUGGAGACCACAAUUGAUGAAGAAAUUCCCAAAAGUUACUUGCCACAGACUGUAAGACAAGGUGGCUACAUGCCGCAGUGAAGGACUGGCUCCUGAACUUCAGCAGGAACUGCAAAAUAAAGCUAAAGACGAGUGGCUUCAGAUGAGAAACAGUCCUCACUCCCUGAAGAUAGGCAUUGCCUCUAAGGACAAAGUCACACCUGGGCCGUCUCCAUUCCAGAGUAGCUGGAAUUCUCCUUCAAGCACUACAUGAACUGACUUUAUCCUCUAUAGCUGGAGGACUCUGUGCUCUUUCAGAAUGUUUGCACUGCCGAAAACAAAGUGUGUCUGAGUUUAUAAAGCUGUUGGUUUGCUACAUAGAAAACGGGGGAUUUAAAUGAGCCACAAUGUCAUGGCAUCGUUCAGCUGGGCUGGUUUUGAUGAGACUGACCAUCCAGAUGCCAGCGAGAAGGCCAGCAGCAUCAUUUAAAAGUGCCCUGUGGCACAGUGUCCAGAUUAUGUCAUCUAGAAGACGAAAGAAUGGAGGGGUGGCUCGUUUCUGGGUCUGUCAGAGAAGCAUGGCCUGCUCCUUGCUGUUGGUAUCGAUGCCGGUUACUACUGAGGAAGAGGAUAAACUUUAAAGAGAAGCAACAUAGAAGCACCCGCUUUCUUAUAGUCACCUACAGCCUCCCAAGAAACUGCUUAUUAUUGAAAAUGUCUUUCCGAGUCAAUUUCAUCCACCCUAUAGUGGACCAGGCUGGCCUCAAACUCAGAGAUCUGUCUGCCUCUGCCUCUGCCUCUGCCUCCAGAGUACCGGGAUGAAAGGCAGUGCACCACCACUGCUCCACUUACGAAGAUUGCUGUUUUUAAAGACUUAAGUUGUUGACAUUUUUCUGAACACACAUAACCACACCAGGGACAGAUGAUUCUAGAGACUGGUUGAGGAAGCACUUUAUCCAGAAUGUCUUCAACUUUAAAUUACUUUAAUUGACUCCACCUUGUUUUGAUUUUCAAGAAUAGCAGGGUGUUUGUUGAAGGGUGGCAUUUCCCAGAGCCUCAUGCAGUCCCAGAACACACAUCCCAACCAUGUCAGCGACCACCACAAUGACAGAAGUCCUCCUACAGAGCUGAGGAAGCUGGAAGGGUCCUGCUAGUUUGCAGGGUGGGCUUUGAACCCACAGCCCUGUGCAUGCUAGACAUUCACUCUACCGCUGAGCUGCUCCUCCGCCCGGCUCAUUAUGUCAUCUAGGCUCUCGUGAUCCUCCUGGCCCAGCUUCCUGACUGUCUGGGACUGUGGAUGUGUGCUGUCACACACCCAACCAGGUCUUUUUAAUAUCUGCCAUUUAUGAGGUAGAGUUUUUACACGACUUAGGACUAUCUUAAACCUAUUCCUUCUAGUUGCUUUAUUAAGGAAUAGCCUAGGCAUCCAGUGUUUAGCACUAAAGCCAUUAAUGUAUUUGUGCCUAACUUCCCAGUGUGACAUGGAGGUGGGGGCUAAAGGUAGACACUGGGCAGACAGGAAUUGGCUGAGCGCCGUUAGAGGCUGAUCACUAAGUGUGCUCACAGGAAAAGGGUUGAAGUUUCAGAGCAUGGGCACCCAGAUCAUUUAUAGCGGUUACCACACAGUGCCUAGGAGGAGUUGAUAUGCACUUAGUUGGAUGCAGUUUCACCUUUUACUCUCAGAAGGUUGUUUAUAUUCUACUUGCUGAUGUGUUAUCAUUUAUAUUUUUAUACUGGGUAGUCCUUUUCUGUGUUCUUUCACAUGUAUAAUCCUCGUGAGACUGUACAUGCUUUGCUCUGGUAUAUUCAGUUGCCUCCUUGGCAAAACCAGCCUGGAAUUGCCAAAAUGCCGGAAGUGAAGGGAGAUGGUGAAAGUCGGGCACAGGAAGGCCAGGUCAGGGGCAGAGAGACCAGAAUUCACACUACAAGGCUGGCACCAUUGCCAUUCAAGUUGGACGUCAAAGCCUGAUCCCAGUUAGGACUGAGUUUUCUAUGUAUAUAUCUGCCAGGAAGUUAACACUUGCUGAAUUUCUCAUCUUCUCACAGUAAGCAGUCUAGUUAUGGGACUCUAUCCAUGUUCAGCUGUGACUUCCCUCAUAUCAGACAGUGGUGCUGUGAACGUUGCAGUGUGAAGUCUGUACUGGCUAGGGAUGGUAGCCCAGCGUGAGUUCAGGCAUGAACAUAGAGGCCACUGAAGGAAGAGCCUCCUGGAAGCAAGUUGGCACGUUAAAUCCCAGACAGAAAGUGUCCCAGGGAGCCAGGGCCUCCGCCAGCAGGGAGGGGGUGUGCUCACUGCAGGAACGUUCAUUUAGAAGAUGUACCAUGGAGCACCUCCCUUUGCUCUAAGAGAAAACCCAUCUUAAAGUUCAUCUUGAAUACAGACUUCGCUCGAGCAUGUUUUAGAAUAAUCUGGAUGCUGUACCUUGUACCUUAGGUAGCAGAGAAAGUAAUCUGGCGUCUUUCUGUAAAACCGUCUAAUAAAGCUAGUUCUGCCCGUGGGCUCGUA